UGUAAUUGGAUGGAGAUGGGAGAGGAAUACGCAGCAUUAGCACAAGGUAAACACAUGCUGGUCUUCUUCGCUCCGUAGAAGACGCGCCGGAUAGAGCAGAUGAAGUGAGCGAAACUACCGAGAGGACCGGAGAGGCUUUAACGUUUCACGCUGUCAUUUAAUCGCUUUAAAUCGUUAAGAGAAAUAAGUGAGAGUCAGCUCCUCAUGUUGGCACGGGACAAAGAAGGUGUUUUCCAUAUCAUCGGGUCUGUGGAUUACGCACGGCGGAGCUCCCGGGACAGAGAAAAGUUUUGAAGACAAAUUGUUUUGUUGCACAGGAAUGACAAGACACUGUGUUUUAUCACACAGGUCUCAGUGCGAACAACCUAACUAAUUAUCAGCUGAGCCUCUAUGGAGUGAUUUCUUUUCUAGACUGAAUUUAUUCAUGGAUCAGAACAAACUGUAGACUUGAACAAACCACCAGAAUAAAGAGAAAUAUAUCUGAAGAUAUAUGCUUUGGGGGAUGGCCACAGCCACCUCGAGUCCAUACCUAGCCAGCAGCAGGAUUUUGUCCGGCCCGGUCCUUCACUCUGAUCGGAGGGUUGGUGGCAUGCAGCCGGGCAGCACCGCUGUGACCACGGUGUCUAGUGGAUACAGAGGGGACCCAUCAGUAAAGAUGGUGCAGAGUGACUUCAUGCAGGGAGCCAUGGUGGCGAGCAAUGGGGGGCACAUGCUAAGCCAUGCCCACCAGUGGGUGACAUCGCUGCCUCACGCAGCAGCCGCAGCAGCCGCGGCCGCGGUGGCAGCAGUCGAGGCCGGCUCUCCGUGGUCCCCCAGCUCCCAGCCGCAGGACGUGAAGAGAGGGAGGGAGGACCUCCACACAGGCACUGCUCUGCACCACAGGUCCCCGCAUCUGGGGCCCCAUCAGGCGCACCUGGGAAGUUGGGGAAGCAGCUCCGCGGCGCACAUCAGCAUCACCGAGGGGCAGCAGCAGCAGCAGCAACAGCAGCAGCAGCAGCAACAGCAACAGUCCCUCAUUUACUCUCAGCCCGGCGGGUUUACAGUCAACGGGAUGCUCAGCUCGCACGCGGGGCAGAGCCUCAUGCACCAGGGGCUGGUGCGCGAUGAAUCCCCGGAGCUGGACCACGGAAACCACCGUCAUCACCAUCACCACCAUAAUCACCACACGCACCAUCACCAGCAUCACGGGAUGAACCACGAACCGCACUCAGACGAGGACACUCCGACGUCUGAUGACUUGGAGCAUUUCGCCAAACAGUUCAAACAGCGGCGGAUCAAGCUGGGUUUCACUCAGGCAGACGUGGGCUUAGCUUUGGGCACCCUGUACGGCAACGUGUUCUCACAGACCACCAUCUGCAGGUUUGAAGCGCUUCAGCUGAGCUUUAAGAACAUGUGCAAGCUGAAGCCUCUGCUGAACAAAUGGCUGGAGGAGGCCGACUCCACGACCGGCAGCCCAACCAGCAUCGAUAAGAUCGCCACCCAGGGCAGGAAGAGGAAAAAGCGCACAUCCAUCGAGGUGAGCGUGAAAGGCGCGUUGGAGAGCCACUUCCUCAAGUGUCCCAAACCAUCCGCACAGGAGAUCAACUCACUGGCGGACACUCUGCAGCUGGAGAAGGAGGUGGUCAGGGUUUGGUUCUGCAACCGCAGGCAGAAAGAGAAGCGCAUGACGCCGCCAGGACUGCCACGCACCCCGGAGGACGCAUACUCGCAGGUGGGCAGCAUAGGUCCUGACACACCGUCACCCUCCAUAGACUGCAAGAGGAUGUACAGCGACACGUGAAAAUAACUUUGGAACUUUGAAUCAACUAUUUCAUGUUUCCCUAAAUGAUGGGGUCAUUGAUUAACUUUUCUUACAGCUCCCCAUGUUCGUUGAUCCUCGUAAUGAUGUUAUCCAGUGUGUCUACUUUUAUGCAUACUCUGGUAUGGUUCUCCAAUACGAAUCAGCCUUUGGGACAGAAAAUGAAAAGCUUAACGGAAAUCUGAAUAGAAAAUAAUUAAAAGUCUAUUAAAGACUAUAUUUGUUUACCGAAAGAGCCUACAGAAUGAACAUUUUAUCAAUCUGAUGCCAAGAAGUUCAAACAAAAAAGUUAUUUCUGUAUCUCUGUAAAGUAAAAAAAAAAAAGAAAAAAGAAAAGAAAAGUUCGCUCGUAAUGCUGCAGAGUUGGAUGUCCCACAGGCUAGCCUACGUUUCUUUUAUAUGAAAGACAUUGAUUUAAUGCGCUUUAUUCAGCAUUAAGUUGUUUAUAAUAAGCAAUAAUUUAUCUUCCUUCAAACGUGUUUCUCACUUUUGUGUUGUGUGUCAGUGGAUGUAUGUUGUGACACAGUUUAAGAUGGUCAAAGAGCAAUUUAAAAUUAUACCAGUAUUGUUUUCCUUCAUAGGAAACUCCUUUUUUAAAUUAGCAAACAUUCCCUUAAGUUUAUGUACAAGUAAGUCAUGCUGUGUAUUUUUGUGUGAUGAUUUGGACUAUUUAUUUUUUCCAGUGUUUAUUUUCAUGGGAUAGACUAAUUAUUUAAUAAAUAUGACAUAAGAAAAGAAUUGUCUUCAGAUAUCUGAGAUG